AUUGGAUGUGAAGCUGGAGAUUUCAGCCGACUACCGACGAAAUGGACGUCACCCUCCUCCUCCGAGCAACAGUUAAGUCCUAUUAACACUCCGUCGCCAUUGUUAAAAUAAUCACCGAAUAUCUUCUUUUUUCUCUAUCUUUUUUAUUUUUUUUGGGUUGUUGACAGACACGGAAAUAAACGUUAACGACCUGGACCUUCUUCCCUCAGACCCUCACCUCCCCUUUCCAUCCUGUUAAUUAUAUCACUCUCACUCUCGCCUCUCCCACGCAUAUAGAAAAUCCCAUCCUCAACCUCUGAGAUCUAAUCUCACACCCACACUCUCCCUCGCUCUCUCUCACACAAUAGAGCGCCUGACCCAGAUCUCCUCUGGGCUGCUCUUUCUCUCCACGCGUUUUCUCGUUGCUGAUCCAUUCCUUAAUUCCCAGUGUUGCUGCAGGGUCUGCUAGAUAUAAGUUUACCCAGUUUAUUGGGAUGCUGAUUUGAACAUAAAAGCUUCAGACCUGUAAGAUCUGCAUUAUGAUCUGAGUGAUCUAACUAAUAGUCAACAGAGUCAGCUAGUUUGAAGAUCUCAAUAAGUAGGUAAAACAAUGAGAGGAAGACCGGAUGGUGCACAGAAGAAGCGUUUGAUAACGUCUGUCUGUGUUGUAGCUGUCUUCCUUGGAUUUAUAUACUUCUACUACGGAUCCGUAUUUGGUUCUCAAGGCCGUGGGGCAUCUGCUCUAGAAUAUGGAAGCAAAUCCUUGCGGAAACUGGGCUCGUCUUAUCUUGGCGGGGAUGAUGAGUCGGACAAAGAGGAUGGAACGAAAUUUGGCCUGGAAGAAGGAGAGGAUGAUAGUGUCCCGAAAAGCUUCCCGGUUUGUGAUGACCGGCAUUCAGAACUGAUUCCAUGCUUAGACAGAAAUCUUAUAUAUCAGAUGAGACUGAAGCUGGACUUGUCUGUAAUGGAGCAUUAUGAGCGUCAUUGCCCUCCUGCUGAAAGGAGGUUCAAUUGCUUGAUUCCUCCUCCACCAGGGUACAAGAUCCCCAUCAAGUGGCCAAAAAGUAGGGAUGAAGUGUGGAAAGCGAACAUUCCUCAUACCCAUCUUGCACAUGAAAAGUCUGAUCAGAACUGGAUGGUUGUAAAAGGUGAUAAGAUAGUAUUUCCUGGCGGAGGUACUCAUUUCCACUAUGGAGCUGACAAGUAUAUUGCUUCUAUUGCAAAUAUGUUAAACUUCUCCAAUAAUGUUCUGAAUAAUGAUGGAAAUGUAAGAACUGUUCUGGAUGUUGGCUGCGGAGUUGCCAGUUUUGGGGGUUACCUUUUAUCAUCCGAUAUGAUCACGAUGUCCUUGGCUCCAAAUGAUGUUCAUCAAAAUCAAAUACAGUUCGCCCUAGAGAGAGGUAUUCCUGCCUAUCUGGGUGUUCUUGGGACCAAGCGGCUCCCUUAUCCGAGCCGAUCUUUCGAGUUCUCCCAUUGUUCCCGUUGUAGAAUAGAUUGGCUUCAGAGGGAUGGUAUUCUUCUUCUUGAGCUCGAUCGGGUACUCAGACCAGGAGGUUAUUUUGCAUAUUCAUCACCUGAGGCGUACGCACAAGAUGAAGAAGAUCUAAGAAUAUGGAAAGAAAUGAGUGCCCUUGUCGAAAGAAUGUGCUGGAGAAUAGCUGCAAAGAGAAACCAAACGGUUAUUUGGCAGAAACCUCUAACAAAUGACUGUUACAUGCAAAGAGAACCUGGUACCCAACCUCCUCUCUGUCGUUCUGAUGAUGACCCUGAUGCAGUUUGGGGCGUGCAAAUGGAAGCUUGCAUUUCACCUUAUUCUGAGCACGACCACAGAGUUAAGGGCAGCGGACUAGCUCCUUGGCCAGCUAGAUUGACUAGCCCUCCGCCAAGACUUGCUGAUUUUGGAUAUUCGAAUGAUAUGUUUGAAAAGGACGUGGAACUCUGGAGGAAGAGGGUGGAUAACUACUUGAAUAUCUUGAGCCCAAAGAUCCAGUCAGAUACCAUAAGGAAUGUGAUGGACAUGAAAGCAAACUUGGGGUCUUUUGCUGCUGCACUUCUUAAGAACAAGGACGUAUGGGUUAUGAACGUUGUCCCAGAAGAUGGACCAAAUACAUUGAAGGUGGUAUAUGACAGGGGGCUGAUAGGCACUAUCCACAGCUGGUGCGAAGCCUUCUCGACAUAUCCUCGGACAUACGAUUUGCUUCAUGCUUGGACCGUGUUCUCUGACAUUGAGAAGAAGGGAUGCAGUGUGGAAGAUCUUCUGUUGGAGAUGGAUCGUGUGAUAAGGCCCAGUGGUUUCAUUAUCAUACGCGACAGGCAAUCGGUGAUUGAUUACGUGAAGAAGUAUAUGGUGGCGUUGCACUGGGAAGCAGUAGACUCCUCCAGCACUGAACAGGACCAGGAUGGUGAAGAGGUUGUCUUCAUCGUCCAAAAGAAGCUGUGGCUGACUAGUGAGAGCCUUAGAGACACAGAGUAGUAGGGGGAGGGGCAAGCCCCUUCUCAGUAACUCCAACACUUAAAAUAUUUUUCGAGCAGAAGGCUCCAGCGCAUGGGGUGGAAGUGAAGAAGUAAGUAAGAAGGCGAUAGUGCUGUGAGUAGCAAAGACAGGUUUUACAUUUUGUAGCAGGAAAUGAAGUUCCACCCACCAUAUCCCUCUUUUUAUGGUUUUUGUUCUUUUGGUCCUUGUAAUGAUUCUUCAAUUUGAUAGCAUGGAACUAUAAGUCGAUAGGGGCACUAUUCUUCAGAUUGGUCUUUUUUUGCUGUUUGCGUUAAUGAAAGCAAGAAUAGUUACUGGAAACCUUUAUUACUUGAAGUAGGCAUGACUCAUGAGUGAUGAUGAAGUUAGUACAGUAAUGAGUAAUGACCCAAAUGACGGUGUAGGGUUUUCUUACACUCUCGUUCGUCGCCAGCUCAUUCCCAUCUGGUGCUAGUGAAGGCUAAUAAUGGUCCCUUUGCAUUGCAGAUGUAUGUAGUUGUGUGG